AUGGACCAACACGAAAAGUUAUCGUCUAUUCCUGCAUCGACGGAAUGUACACGAAUAAAGGCACUUCGAUCGCCGAAGUUUCGAAGAAUCCAAAAUUUCCUUCUUGUUUUCCUGGAUGAAAAUAUCGAUGAAAGCAAUAAUAGUUAUGAUUAUCACAACAUCAUCAAUCAAUUACAGGAAAUAGUGAUUGAUAUCAAUACAUUUACUGUUAUCGAUAAAUGCCUAGAUUUCGUUACCAAUGUUAAAGAAGAAACAAUAUUCAUGAUCGUUUCUGGACUAUUCAGUCAAAUUGUUAUUCCUGUGGCUCAAAACAUUGAUAAAAUAAGUUGUAUUUAUAUUUUUGGUACAAAUAAGACGGAACACGAAAAAUGGACACAAAAAUAUUCCAAGGUUAAAGGCACUUUUACAGAUAUUAUAUCAAUAGGUGAAGCUCUUAAACAGAACAUCGUUCAUCACAAUCAAAAUGCAAUUCCUAUGAGUUUUAUUAAAACAAUUUCAAUUGAUGAAACUUCCAAAACAAAUCUUGAACAACUCGAUCAAUCCUUCAUGUAUACUCAGUUACUAAAGGAAAUUUUAAUUACAAUUCCUUUCGAUCAGAUACAUCUUAAGGAGUUUCUGAACUAUUAUCGCAAAGAAUACGUCCGAAACGAUACCGAGUUGACCAAAAUUGCAAAGAUUGAAAAUGAAUACUCAAAGCAUUCACCAAUAUGGUGGUAUACAUCUGAUAGUUUUCUAUAUCCGAUGGUUAACCAAGCAUUACGUACGAUGGAAGCUGGUCUUAUUGUUACAAUGGGCUUUUUCAUACGUGAUGUUCACCAACAAAUUGCUGAACUUCAUUCAAAACAGUUCAUUGAAUGUCGUCGCUCCAAUCCGUUUACUGUAUAUCGUGGUCAAGGAUUAUCUAAAGAAGACUUUGAACAAUUAAUCAAAACAAAAGGUGGAUUAAUGUCGUUCAAUAAUUUCUUAUCGACGAGCAUGAAUUCAAACAUAGCUGAAAUGUAUGCUGAAAGCAACGCAGCCGAUUCGCAGCUCACAGGUAUUCUCUUUCGUAUGAAUGUUGACCCUUCCAAAUCUUCAACGCCAUUUGCCAAGGUUAGAAGUGUCAGUUAUUUUAGAGAAGAGAACGAAAUCUUAUUCUCUAUGCAUGCAAUUUUCCGUAUUAUGGAGAUAAAACAAAGCGAAAGUAAUGAUCGAACUUACCACGUAGAUUUAACAUUAACUGAUGAUAAUGAUCGCGAACUAAGCACUUUAACUGAUUAUAUCCGUGAAGAAACAAAGGGACAUACAGGUUGGAUUCGACUUAGUCAUUUAAUGGUAAAUCUAAGUCAAUAUGAUAAAGCUGAAGAAUUGUAUAACGUCUUACUUGAACAGACAACUGAUGAGGGAGAAAAACAUCAUUUGUAUUACAUGCUAGGAGUUAUCAAGAAUAAACAAGGACAAUAUGAGGAAGCAACUAAAUUUUUCCAAGCUGCACUUGACAUUUGUAACAAACUACCAUCUUUACCUGCAGACAUGUUGGCUACUUCAUCCUGUGGAUUUGGCCAAGCUUAUUUGAAUAUGGGUGAAUAUUCCAAAGCACUUUCAAAUUACGAAACGGCGCUUGAAAUCUAUCACAAAAUUCUUCCUCCUAACGGUCCACGAUUAGCUGCUUGUUACGCCAGUUAUGGUGCGGUGUACGAGACACUGUAUGAAUAUUCCAAAGCGCUUUUGUACUAUGAAAAAGCAAUUGAAAUCGAUCAAAAAGCUCUGCCUGCGAAUCAUCCUGAUUUGGCUCGUUCCUAUAAUAAUAUCAGUAUAGUGUACUCGAAAAACGCUGAAUAUUCAAAAGCUCUUUUGUAUUGUGAUAAAGCACUUGAAAUUUAUCAAAAAUCUCUUCCUCGGAACCAUCCGGAUUUUAUCACCACUUAUACUAAUAUUGGUACUAAUUAUUGCAAGAUGACUGAUUAUUCAAAAGCACUUUCAUACUUUGAAAAAGUACAUGAAAUCAUUGGAAAAAUUUGUUCUCCAAAUCAUCCUGAUUUGGCUUUUUCUUACAUGAGCAUGGGUACGGCGUACGAUAAUAUGGGUGAUUAUUAUCAAGCACUGUUAUGUUUUAAAAAAGCACUUGAUAUCCGUCAAAAGUCCCUCCCUCCCAAUCAUCCAGAUUUAGCUCAAUGUUACUCCUGGCAUGGUUCAGCAUACGACAAUAUGGGCGACUACGAUGAAGCACUUAAGUAUUUUAAAAAAACGCUUGAAAUUCAAACAGUUGCUCUUUGUAUCAAUCAUCCGGAUUUGGGUAACACAUACAACAAUAUUGGAACAACUUAUAACAAAAUAGGUGAUUAUUCAGAAGCUCUUCCAUACCUUGAAAAAGCACUUGAAAUUCGGCAAGUCUCUCUUCGUAGCGAUCAUCCUGAUAUUGAUAUUUCCUACAACAAUAUAGCAGUAGUUUAUUACAUGAUGAACGAAUACUCAAAAUCGUUGGCAUAUUUUGAAAAAUCAUUAGAAAUUCGACAAAAAAUUCUUUCUUCAGAUCACCCUCAACUGAUUAUUUCCUAUUAUACCAUUGCAGACAUAUAUUCCAAAAUGAAAGAUUAUUCAAAAGAACUUUCAUAUAAUGAACGUAUUUUUGAAAUAUUACAAAAUUCCAAGCCCCAGGAUGAUCCUGAUCUUCUGGCUUUUCAGAUGCGUAUUGACUCUAUCAAAAAGAAAUUGCAAUUAACUGACAAUUAA